AUGAGUCCGGGAGCCUCCCGUGUUGGCUGUGACGCAGGACAACCGCGUCGCACUUUAACGCGCCGCGCCGCGCACUCUUCCGAGGAGCGAAAAAAGCGCGUCAGUGACUUCUGUGAUCUGAAAGCACUCGGUCCAUACAUGAACAUGUCUUUACUUUGGUGAUCAGUCCUGCACGCUGAUCCCAGAGCGACCAGUGCGGGAGCAGAGGGACCCGGACUCUGGAGCCACGCCGAGUUCAACCCUGCCACUGUUUGGAGGAAUUUACCGCUUCUCUGCGAGGACCAGGAGCAGCUUCGAAAAGUGGAUUUGGAUGGUGUAAUUGUUUUCCGUUGAUGGAUGCUAACGUGGAGCAGGAUUGAGUCUCAGUUGGGGGAAUUUAGCAGGAAAAAUUCGUGUGAUGUGACGAACAGCUGGAGACAGAAAUCAUCUGUGUGACCUGUGACACCGACAGUGAGGAAACACCUGCUCCAGCUGCGGAGAGAAAAGGUACCUGAACGCACCACAGCAUUCACCAUGUAAGCUCGAACAGGUCCAAAAAUCCGUUAAUCAAUGACAGAACUGACUGAAGGUUAUUAUCAUUAACUCAUCAUUGGUUGUACUUUGCUUUAAUGAGAUCCGUGCUCUCUCUGUCUGAUCCCUCUGUGUGCAAAAUCAAUCAACUAAUUAUUGUAUCGAUCCGUGGGCUAUCAGUCAAUAUCAGGACAGACGGGGAGCUGGAGGGAUGAGUUUUGGCGUUUGUUCCAGCUGCUUUCAGAUCAGAUUCAAGAUUUACUGACUUCAACUGAAUCUGCUGGAAUGCAACUUGAGCUCGUGCGAAUUCCCUCGCUCACGUGCAUGCAAGUGUGUUUAAAGGUGUAUUUAAGAUGAUAACAAACGGUGUUUCUGCGCAGACACGAGUCCACGCAGGUUUUGGCGGUGUGCGUAAUUCUUGGUGAUGCCCACGCGUCCUCAAAGCUUCAGUGUGCGCGCAAAGCGUUUGGAACAUGCUUUUUCCUGAGGAGGUGUGUGUGUGUGUGUGUGUGUGUGUGUGUGUGUGUGUGUGUGUGUGUGUGUGUGUGUGUGUGUGUGUUGAAGAAUAAUAUGCAAUAUGAGGGAGAGGGCUAGAAAUCGAGGGAGGGGUUUUAUAUAUGGACAGAAUCUGUGAGUAUAAUGGGAAUAAUGGGAAAAGAAAUCCCAUUUUUCGUAUUUCACGCACAUUUUAAAACUAUUACAGAAUUAUCAAAAUAUGGGGACAUAAAAAAGUACAUUUUACUUAUUUUUCUGCGUAUUAUAAGAAAAUCUGGUUGAAGCUAGGACAGGUAACUGAAGAGACAAUGACCAGACAAUAAAAGAAUAUUAAGAGUUCAGCUGUCAUGCGUCUAAAUGGAGUCCAUAACCUAAAGUAUCUGGACCAGGAACAUUCACAAAUAUGCUUCAAUCAGUGUAAAAUCACAUGAAGAUAAAAAUGGUUUUCUUAAUGAGUCUUUAAUAUUUAUAUUGGAGUGGGUCCCCCUCCAUCAAGGCCACCAUCUUGUUUCUACAGUAGUAUUUAGUGAGAGGCUAACACAAAUGCAGCAAAUGGAAAACAGAGAAGAAAAGAGGGGUUGUUGCUGUGUGCAAAAGAUGUGUUUUUGAUGGAAAAACGUUACAGAUAGAGGAUUAUAUUUGUGGGUGAGCAAGGGAGCAUUUCAGUCUGGAAUGUGACUGCCAGAUAUGGCUAAAAUUUAUGCACAGUGUUACUUAAACUGAAAUUCAAAAUCGGUCUAUUUUGAAGGUAAGAGAUGAUUCAAAAUUGAGCACAAUUUGUUUAAUGACUAAACCUGAGUCAGCAGGUUAACGAUGUCAAGUUGUUCCCACCACUAGCAGAGAAGGCUCCACCAACCUCCAGUUUCCUAUAUUUUACAGGCACUCAUGAAAGCCAGGUGUUUUUUUCUUCCAUUAUUCCGACAUAUCAGUUAAGUGACAUCCUGGAGGGAAUUUGAACUUUGUGUAUUGAGGGAAUCUGUUGUUCUUUUGUUUGAGCCUCUAACCAUGCAGUUUCUAGCUGAGAGAUCUUGAGUGCACGAAUCAAGUUUCAAUUAUUUUGUGUUCUCUGAAUCUCCAUCAGGUUUCUGGAACAAUGUGAAGCUCCUGAUACCCUGA